GCCGAGUCAUCUUAUACACCGGAAAUACUGGUAGUUUCCGGCGUAUAAGACGACGUUCUAGGAAUGCGGCUCGGCGAUAAAGACGGGGGUCGUCUUAUACGCCGGGUCGCCUAAUACGCCGGCAUAUGCGGUAAAUAAAGCCCUUGCCCCCUCUCUGAUUUUUACAAGGUAUCCUCGCCUGCGGUAGCCCAUUUCAGCGGGUGCGUAGGUAAAAGAUUUGCAAGGUCAAUUAUUCGGAGGAAGCCCCAUCAGUGAACCCCCCCACGAUCAAUUACAGAUAGUCCUCGACUUGCAACAGUUCAUUUACAACGUUGCUGAAAAAAGAUGACUGACCCAAGCGUGGCGGCAUCCUCGCCCACGGUCACGUGGUCAAAAUCCAGACACGUAUUUGCAAUGCCAAGAGAGUCCAAGGGUCGCCUGCUCACCAUAUGUGAUCUCCCCAGCCAGUUUCUGAGAGUCAAAGUCAAUGGGGGAAGCUUGAUUUCCUUAAACAACCAUGUGAUUCACUUAAACAGUGGCAAAAAAAAAAAUCAUAAACUUGUGUGUGGCUCACUUAACAACUGCCUUGCUUAGCAAUGGAAGUACCGGCCCCAAUUAUCAUAAGUUGAAGAGUAAUUUAUGCACAUAGCCACAGUUUGAGGGGCUUUUUAUGCACCAUCAACCUCAUUAAGCUCCUUCCUUCCAAUGUGGGUUUGCUUUACCAGUCUUAUCCGUAAGGUAGUCCUCGAAUUCCAACAGUUCAUUUAGUGACCGUUCAAAGUUACAACAGCACUGAAAAAAGGGACUUAGGACCAUUUUUCACAUGACCGUUGCAGCAUCCCCAGGAUCACGCGAUCACAAUUCAAAGAGGCUUGGCUACUGACUCACAUUUAUGACCAUUGCAGUGCCCCGAGUUCACGUAGUCCUCUUUUGUGACCUGACAAAAGUCAAUGCGGAAAUCCGAUUCACUUGACAACCCUGUGACUGAUUUAACAACUGCAGUGAUUCGCUUAACAACUAUGGCAAGAAAGUACGUAAAGUGGGGUUCACUUAACCAAUGUUUCACUUAGCAACAAAAAAGUUGGUGGUUAUAAUUCGAGGUAUAGGUUCCCCUGCUUGACUAGAAGACCUCCAAGGUCCCUUCCAGCUCUAUUCUAUUUGACUAUCUGUCCUCACCCUAUUCCACAAGCUGUGGCCCUCCCAAAUGUGCCUCUGGCAACAGCUGGAGGGAUGUUGCGGCUGGGCAACACUCUUUGAAAACAUCCUGCGGGAUCAAAAAGUGUGGUGGAGACCGUCUGUCUCUUUGGAGGCUUCUAACCUGCACAUCCAUCCUUCAUUGUGACACAACCAUGAUUUACUUAACCACUGUAGUGAUUUGCUCAACAACCGCGGCUGACCAUAACUGACCAGAGAGUUUGCUUUGUAGGGACACCCGUGUAUUUAAUGGUCAAUCUCACGUGAAGCAUGCAAUCUUAAGAGGAAACGAUAAUAUCUUGAAUAAACGUUGCAGAAACCAACUUCCUCCAGACUGAAGGGUGCAUCUCUCUGAAACAAGGGCCUUGUUGCUUAAAAUGUCCCGCUUUACCCAAUAAUGGAAAGUCAACCGGCCUCUGUUUGCCCCUCAACGUGACUCAUGGUUUUAUUUGAGCUUUUUCUAAAGGUCGGUUGACCUAGGGAGACCUGCCAGAGGAGUACACAGUGUCUGUAUGGAGAAACAAUCACGAAACGCUGUGUGUGUGUGUGUGUGAUGGUGCAGAAUUUCUCUGCCACUUCCCUGUUGUGCAACUCUUCACGUUUUGUCCACAGUCACCUCUGACGUGGGGCUGGGAAGGAUGGGUGGUUCCAGGGGCAUUUAUAUGGGACAGUGCCAAUGCCAACCGCACACGCACCAAAGAGAGACCUACAAUUGCCACCCAAAGCAGGAGGAUUUGUUUCGUUCCAUACGACAGUAUGGCUCUGUUCGUCCAGUGGUGGCCCCGGUGGAGGAUUCAGAAAGUCUCCCUCAGCACAAUCCUGAUCGUCUCGUUAGCCUUGAGUUCUGCCACCGAGGCGUUUUUCCGAUGCUCCACUAGCAAAAUCAAGAACCGGAUGGUGGCCAACUGCCAAGCCCAAGGCCACAAGGUCAUCCCCAACGUGAACGUGUCCACUCAAGUCCUCUUGUUGAAUUUUAACCUCCUCUCCACCAUCCAGAUGUCUUCCUUCCCACGGAUGAGUGCCCUGAAGAUGCUGUCGUUGGGGAAACAAUCGGGAGGCCCUCUCUAUGUUGGAGAGAGGGCCUUUGCAAAUGUGUCCAACAUCACUUCCCUAGAUUUGGGGGGCAACGGGAACUUGUCACUGCACCCCAACGCAUUCCAGGGUUUGACCCAACUCAAGAUAUUACUCUUGGAUGCUAAUGGUUUUGACCACAGAAUCCUGGAGAAGGGCUAUUUCCAAGAGCUUUUAUCGCUGGAAGUUUUGGACCUUACAGGAAACCACCUUGAUCGGCUGAGACCAGAUCCAACCUUCCAAGGACUGAAAAAAUUAAAGGUCCUUCAGCUGAAACUCAACAAAAUUGGGGCAAUUUGUGGGGAUGACCUCCAGUAUCUCAGUGGGCGCCAUCUGACCUUCCUUGACCUGUCCUCCAAUCGAUUGUCCAGCGAUCCUUCUUGCAGCAACAACCCGUUUCGCAACAUCACCCUGGGCACCUUGGACAUCUCGUCCAACCCAUGGGACGUGGUGCGAGUUGAACAGUUCCUCAAAAGCCUGAAUGGCACACCGAUCCAGAACCUCAAGGUGCAACAUUCAGGAGCAAUUGGGAGCGGGUUCGGGUUCAAGAACUUGAAGGACAUUUCAGCUACCACAUUCUCUGGGCUGCGUCACAGCCGAAUCCGGACUUUUGACAUGUCUCGUGGGUUUCUCAAUGCCCUGAACGCCUCUGUCUUCUCAAGCUUACCAGAUCUCAACACCUUGCUCUUGACAUCCAAUCAGAUUAAUAAGAUUCAAAAUGGGGCAUUUUUAGGGUUAAAUAAGCUCCAGGUCCUUGAUUUGUCCGACAAUCUUCUCGGAGAGCUAUACACAAAAGGACUGGAGGAUUUAAAAUCUUCUCCCCUGCAGCGUCUCAUUCUGAAGUCCAACCACAUUGGAAUUGUUCAGCAUGAUGCCCUGAUGGGUCUAAAGUCUUUGCAAUUUCUUGACCUGCAAGACAAUGCUCUUGACCGAGUUCCCAGUGGGAAUCUCCCUUCCUUGCUGCGGCUUAAUUUGGGGCAAAACAGGAUCCAGAACACCUGGGGCAUAGAAAAACUUGGUCCAAAUCUGGCCCAUCUUGAUCUCUCUUCCAACCGUCUAACGGACCUGGCAAACGUCUGGAAUCAUCUCGCCGAGAUUCCCUACUUAAAGUUCCUGAAUCUCUCCAGCAACCACCUGGCGAGGUGUUCGCGAGUUGAGAAGUCUCCGAGGCCACUAGCACAACUGGACCUUUCGCACAACAAUCUGGGAAACAUUUGGGCCACUCAGAAAUGCACGGACCUCUUCCAGCAUUUGGAGAAACUGCUGGUGCUGAAUCUCAGCUCCAAUCACCUGCGUGACUUGCCUGCAAAUCUUUUCCACGGUUUGGCAUCUUUAGAAAUCCUGGAUCUCGGGGCCAACAUGUUGCACAAACUUCCAGAUCAGAUUUUCCCUAGUUUGAAAUCCCUGCGUGCUCUCAGCGUCCGUGGAAACCCGUUGAUGACGCUCUCGCCUUCCUCGUUUCAACCAGUGAGGCAGUUGCGAUUCCUGGAUUUGAGGGAAUCGUCUCUGGUUUGCCGUUGUGACCUCAAAGGUUUCCAGAACUGGCUACAGAACCAAAACGUGACGGUCAGGGCAUCUGAGCUUCUUCUGACUUGCGUUCAGACCAGCUCUGAUUUCCAGAGGCAGCCCCUGCCUCAGUUCCUACGCAACAACUGUGUUUCUUAGCCAAUGGACAUAUUUUCCCUGUGUGCACCAGGUUUUGGAGGAAAGGAAGCUUGAACAAAAUGUCUACGAUGCCCCUGCUUCCUGGGAUUACAACUCACAGAAUUACCGGCCAGCAAAAAAUUAGGGGGCUGGCAGGACUUUUUCCCUUUCCUGGAAAUCUAACGGUGACAACAAUUUGGCUGGAAAAGAGGAAUUGUAAUCGCAAUAAAAGUAGUCCUCAACUUAUGACUUUUGAGCCCCAAAUUUUGCUAAGCAAGUCGGUUAAGUGAGUUUUGCCCCAUUUUACAACUUUUCUUGCCAGUUAAGUGAAUCAUAGCAGUUGUUCAGU